AUGUUGUUCCUGCCGCGUAGACAGCUCAUAUCGUGCAGAGUAAUCGCGAACCUCGCCCUACACCAUCCGAUAUGGACCGCCCGAUUCCUUGAAACGGGUCUCUUUUUCUUCUUCAACCAACCGACCUAUUUCGAGGAAUGGGUUACAAACACGAAGCGACAAAUCUUUCCACCGGAGAACAUGAAAGACAGAGAAGCUAUACAGCAACUCAUUAAAGAUAUGAGAAAGAAACAAAUGGAAGCAUUGGAAAAGGAAUAA